AUGACAUCGAGAAAAAGGCAACACCUUAACAAUGCCCUCAUCGUUGGCGGUUGUGGUUUCCUCGGUCAGCACAUCGUCACUUUACUCCAAGAGCACCACCCAGAAUGUGAUAUAUUCGUGAUGGACCUGCGCCUUUCCAACACCCUACCCGGCGUCACGUAUCUUGAGGGCGACGUCACCUCACGCGAGUCGGUUGAUUCCAUCCUGAAUAAAGUUAAGCCGGAGGUGGUCAUUGACACUGUUUCACCUGUACAUGGCCUGGGAGAGGCAAUCUACUACAAGGUCAAUGUGGACGGCACGAAGGUUCUGCUGGAGGCAUCAAGUGAUGCUGGUGUGAAGGUUUUUGUCUUCACAAGCUCGGCGAGUGUGGUGUUUGACGGCGCGAGUGACCUCAUUAAUGUCAAUGAGAGUGCACCAAUUGCUUCGCCGGCAAUGGACCCCUAUACAGAAACCAAAGCAAUUGGCGAAAAGAUGGUGUUGGAAGCCAAUCGUAAGGGAGGGAUGUUUACAAUUGCCUUGAGGCUUUCCGGACUUUUCGGACCGGGUGACCGUCAACUCAUUCCCGGAAUGUUGGGUGUGCUUGCACGCGGCCAAACAAAGUUCCAGAUUGGUAACAACGAGAACCUCUUCGAUUUCACUUACAUCGUCAAUGCAGCCUGGGCGCACAUCCUGGCUACCGAGAAGCUUAUAGCGUUGUCUCCGCAUACCCCCAAAACACUAGAAACCCCCGAUGGAGAGACCUAUUUCAUCACCAAUGGAGAACCAUGCUACUUCUGGGACUUUCCUCGGACGAUCUGGGCCAUUAGGGGCCAUAUUGCGCCGUUCCAUAUCGUGAUGCCUGCUGCUGUCGGUAUCGCUAUGGGUGGCGCAGCAGAGCUUUUUGCAUGGCUUCUCAAUAGAGAGCCAGGCCUCAGUAGGUUCAGGGUUAGAUUUAGUUGCUGGAACAGAUAUUUCGAUAUUCGGAAGGCGAAACAAAUGUUGGGAUACCAGCCACUUGUCAAAUUACACGAUGGUCUCGUGGAAACUCUCAAAUGGUUUAAUGAGCAAGAGGCGAUGGAGGUGGCGAAAAAGGGGCAGUAG